AUGUGUCAGUGCGUCAUUUCCUGUCGAACACCCAACAUCUGCAACGUAUCUAGCGCUGAAAGCAGUACAGUCGCCACUGUGGAAAACACAACAUACACGAGCAGUGACGACAGCAGUGACGUCAUCACGAGCAACGACACACUCUGUCAGUGCCGCUACUACGCCCAGCAGGGGGGGUGUUCCGGAACCAAGCGAGAGAGCUGUCAAACGACGUGCGACGUUCGAGACGCCGUCAUUUGUCCGGAACCGGAACCGUACAACCUGACGACCGUGGUGCCCAGACUGAUGACGUACCGCUACAUCGACAAGUACAAGUACCAGUGUAUUGAGGGCUACAAAAGCGUGGAGAACUUCCCGUGGAUCGUCUGCAUCGAGAACGGGAAGUGGGUCGUCCCGGGCAACCAACCCCUACCCACGUGCCAGUUGAAGUACUGCGGUCUGCCCCCUGAUGUCCCCCACAGCUCGUGGAACGCCUCUCACUACUACUACAAUGGCACAGCUAACUACACGUGUCAGCCCGGAUACGAGAUGACGUCAUCGGGAUUCACCAAGUUGUGCGGUGGCGCUGAAACCUGGACCGGAAGUGUCAUCUGUGAAGCAGUGGAUUGUGGCCCGCCACCCUCCAUGGAGCACUCGACAUUUUUAGCCAGCGGGACGCGAUACCCGGCCAUGACGAAUUACUCAUGUGAUAUCGGCUAUAUCUGGACGUCAGGGGAAAACGUGAAAUCGUGUUCACAGAAUCAAACCUGGACAGGGGUGGACAUCCAGUGUACAGUGGUAUCAUGCGGACCUCCGCCAGACGUCAACAACUCUUCUACAUCAGUUGUCUCCCUUGACUACCUCUCAGCUGCCAACUACACAUGCCUCAAAGGAUAUAAUAUAACCGGCGGAAGUGACGUCAAGACCUGUACCGAAGAUGCAUUCUGGGACGGCGAAGACUUGAUUUGUGAAAUUGUCUCAUGCGGACCGGUGCCUCAUCUUGACAACAGCACAGUGACUGCAGACGGGGAAACGUACGGGUCAAUUUCUACCUACACGUGCGUGACGGGACACAAACCACAGACAGGAAAUGACGUCAAGAUUUGUAACGAAUUCGGGUCGUGGAGUGGUAACGACCUUGUUUGCAUACUGGUCACGUGUGGAAAUCCUCCCACAAUUUCACACGCGUACACAUCAGACAACGUCACCACUGUGUAUUUGUCACUGGUCAAUUACACCUGUAACCUCGGCUACGAACAGGUAGGCGGAAGUGACGUCAAGAUCUGCAAUGGAGACGGUGCCUGGGAAGGAGACUCAAUCGUAUGUCAAGAGAAACCGUCUGUCGCCGAGAGUAUUGGGAUCAUCACGAAGUUCGAGCCGGAAGUGUUGGAGGCGGAAGGCUCGGUGGGUCUCGGUGUAGCGUCGUGCGUCAUCAUGGUCAUCAUUCUGGGCGCGAUCAUCCUGCUCGACCUGACCACAAUCUGUCACCACUUCCGCUUCAUGAGGGCCAACAUCCGGGCAUACUUGGAGCAUCAGAAGAGGAGAUUCCAGUGCCGUGACAAAGACAGUGACUCGAAACCAGGCAGCAGUGUCAAUAUAUAGCUUGUACUGUAGUGAAUUGUCAACUCUCGUGGAGGACGUCCAUGACAUAUUUGAAUUAUGUGACUUCAUUGACAGAACAAAAUGUACCUGAAGUUUUAUGCGAAAGUAUCCAUCUAACUGUCCAUCUGUCCAUCUAUCCAUCUAUCCAUCUUUAUGUUGCAGGGCUCGAAAUAGAAAGCAAAAUAUGA